AAGGGAGUCCCUAUGGCCUGCGGGGGUAGGUUAGGGGGUCAGUGACGGCGGUGGCAGCGGCAGCGGUAGUCAGUGGUCCCCCCACCAGUCACCACUGUGUGUGUGUGGCUGUGUGUGUCAGUCGGUGACCGAGAGUGUUGGCGCGAGGGACUCCCUGACUCCCUACAGGUCCACUGGAUAUCACGUUGGCCCAUGGUACCUGUUGUGGAGUGUCGGUAGUGUAGUGUGUAGGUUGCGAUGAGGCAGACCAUGGAAGAGUCUCCGCAACAGUCGCCUGAUCCAUACCUCUACCUUCACCUGAAGCAGCGUCUCAAGACCAUGCCGGGCCUUGUGGAGACUGCUAUGUUCGUCGCUGACCCUGCGGCAGAACCUCACUACGACUAUGCGGAUACUCCGCCAGUGUCCACCUCUCACGCUCAGUAUGGGUCAGACGAGUUUGGAGAGGCUUCACCACGUUACACCUCACCCAAGGCAUCUGCUGGUCUAUAUACCUCGGAUCCUUAUUACCUAGAUGGAGGGGCAGGCCCCGGAGACCCGUGGACGGGUGGAGGUGGUGCUGGCGGAGGCCCUUAUCCCGGGGGUUACACGGCCCCGCCACCUACUGCGCAGGCCGCAUACGCAUCUAACAACAUUCAUCUGCCUCAUGACAACAUGGGCUACGGAGCCAUGUCACCCAACGGUGCCGGUGGUUCAGCUCCCUCAGUCCCUGCGGCACCAAGUGCCGACCCCGUCACCUCCCUGGGGCUCGGGGGCCCUCCACUUACCUCCGGGCCCCACUCACUUCCACCCAUGUCCAGCUUCCGUGGGCCUAGUGGAGGUCAGUCGCCGGCUGGCAUCCUCUACAACCCCUCGCACAGUCCUGUCGUACAAACACCCGGUGACACACUGGGGAAAGCUUUGGCCUCCAUAUAUCCCACAGACCAAAGUGUCAGCAGUUAUAGUUCAAACCCGUCAACUCCGGUGAGUUCCCCUCCACCUCUGACUGGCGGGGCUCCCAGCGGUCCCGGGGGUCAAAACUGGCCCCCACACUCACACCCCGCCUCCCCCCACUUCCCACCUGACCAUCGGACAUUACAUAUGCCGGCCGCCCCUGAGACUCAAAGAUUGGACGCUGCCAUUGGUUUCUUGCGUGACCACACAGAUAUUAGAGAGGGGACUCGUAUGGAGGAGAGGCUUGACGAUGCCAUAAACGUGCUGCGAAAUCACGCGGAAAGUCAGCUGGGUCUGCACGCAGCACUAGCCUCAGUCACACAUUCCACACCCCUGUACCCCCACGCCAUCGACUCGGCCCACGCACAUCUCGCCAGUCCCCACGGGGUUUAUCCCAGUCUGGCGGCCACACCCGAUGAUAACAUCAAGCUAGAGAGACUGACUGCUGCUUCAAGAUCUGUUUUGUUGACAGAGAAACGCAAGGAGCCGCCAGACGGUUGCGACACAAAGCCUUCCAGCAGUGAUUUGGCGAUCAACACAACGUCGCCUCCUGGCCUCCCUCCAUCAAGCAUCAAAGGAGCCAAGCGAUCACGUCGCUAUUGUUCAAGUGCAGAGGAUGACGAUGGUGAAGACCCGUCUACCAAAGCUCACCGAGAGAAAGAGAGACGACAAGCCAACAACGUGCGAGAGAGCUGUGACGAAGAUGGUGACGAUCCUGAACUCAAAGCACAGCGCGAGAAGGAAAGAAGACAGGCCAACAAUGCUCGGGAGAGAAUUCGGAUACGAGAUAUCAACGAAGCACUCAAAGAACUUGGACGAAUGUGUAUGGCGCACCUAAAAACAGACAAACCACAAACAAAACUAGGAAUCCUGAACAUGGCAGUUGAGGUCAUCAUGUCGUUAGAACAACAAGUUAGAGAACGGAACCUGAACCCAAAGGCGGCGUGUCUAAAACGGAGAGAAGAAGAGAAGGCUGAGGACAGUGGGCCCAAGCUGAGUCAUCACCUUGCUGUGCAGCACAUGGUCCAGCCUCCUUCAUUCCCCACCAUGCCCCCGGGAACACAAGGGUCCUUGCCUCACAACGGUCCCCAGUAGCGAUGGGCCCCGACCCCUGUAUACAUGCGACUAUUCCAUUAGUUCCACACUGCCGCCACAUCCUACCGCUACUGUCACUUGUUACCCAUCCUACUUCAUUACAAUCGACAAUUAAUCCUCACUGUACAUCGUAGCCAUAUUACUACUCGGAUGCAAUAAUGUAAUCGGAAUUGUUGUGCCAUAUUACUCUUUAGUUUUAAAAAUCGGGUAACAGUGGAUGGGAAGAAAUCGCUACAGUGUUGCUUAGAUGAUAUCUCCAAGGUUAGUAGGGCUUAGAUCAAAACAACUUCAAUCAAUUGACUUUUUCCUAACACUAAAGGGGUCAAAUUCCAAAAUAUUUUAGAUAACACUUUCAUUUGUGGUCGAAUUGGUCUCUUUUCAAAGGAAAACUUGAUCAUCAUGGAAAUGUAGGAAUAAAAUAUUUAGUGUUUAGAUCAAACAGUAAAGGUUACCACAAUAAAGCAUGAAAUUUUAAAUUGAAUAGCUUAAAUGUUUAUUUGUUGUCUUAAAGAAAUUGAAGUAAUAAUUUUAUUUUUAUUUGUGUUAGUUGUUAAGAAAUAUGCUGGCCUUUUCUUGUAAUUUUGUGAAGGUCAUAGAUUUUUCUUAAACAUUUUUAAUCAAGUCUCUACGUAUAAAAUACAUGUAAUGCAAGUUAGUAUCGUUUAACGAGGAGUUUUAAUUGUUUUAUAUUUUAUAAUUUAUUAUUGACUAGCAUUCUGUCUUACGGAUAGGGAUCUUGUAGUCAGUUAAAAACCCCAUUUAAUUCAGAACAGUAGUUUGUUUAUAUGACAAGAUAAGCAAACUAAAUGCCUUACAAAAAAUGUAAGGCGGCUUUAUAUGUAAAAUGUUGUUCUUGAUUUUUUUUUAUUACGACACAAAACCUAUUUUUGGAGUUUUUGUUAUUACUUUUUGUAGUUACGAGAUACCCUGUACAUAUACAGCAGUACCUCGGUUACAAGAUUCUGGUAGAGGAUAAUUAAAUAACACUUGUUAUCAAGGUUAACAAUCUUAUUGAGGUUGGAAAUAACAUGUGAUAAAGGGUAAAAUAAAUUCAAGGGGAUUUGAAAAUUACACUUGUUAUCAAGGGUGACAUGUUAUAGAGGUUCCACUGUACAUAUAUAAUACCCCCGCCACAGCAAACCUGCAGACUAAGCUAAUUUCCAUAAGCAUGAUUUGAUUUUCACUUAAAUCUACUUAAAUAACAUUAGGUUUAAUGAGUAUCUAGGUUUGCUUCUACAGGGAGGGUAAUGUAGUUUUUUUUAGUAAAAUAUUAAUAGCUUAGUAUAAAAUAAAUAAAAAAAGUUUCAACGCAUAGUGUGUUUUUGGCCUCUGGGUCAAAAAAGACAUCAUAAUGAAUAAACGGUAUCAGCAAACUUACACAUACUUUCUCCCAUCAGCUUGUCAAAAGUUAUGAUAUUUUAUAGGUAAAAUUGCAAAAGCGUGCAAUAACUUAAGAACGGUAAUUUUUACAGUAUUGGGGUACCUUUUUGCUUAGAAUUUAAAAGACCAUAUUAACAUACAAAAUUUUAAUUUAAAACUGUUCAAGCUGUUAUUGUGAAAAUCAGAUUUUACCAUCAUUUCAUGGGGUUUAUGGGAAAAUCACCAUUAGUAACAAAAUUUUCAAAAAAUGAUAAAAAAGCCUAGGGAUACCAUGGAUUAGUACCCACAUACCAAAUUUCAUCAAAAUCGGACCACAAGUGUGGUCUGUCAGUAGCUCUGUACACAUCCACACACGUACAAAUCAUGGACAUCACUUUGAAAACCACUUUGGAAUCAGAGGAACCCAAAAGUAUAUACAAAUUUGUUAAAAUAUGAACGAGUAGUGUUUUUGUUCUCUAGUGAGCUUGGGUUACAUUAGUACAUCUGUGGUUUAAGUUUCCCAUUUGAUAAGGUAAUAUGUUAUGUAACACCUCCAAAUAUCAAUACAAGUUGAUAGACAGAACUUAAGUUUUCCUCUGAAAUGAGACCGAUUCUUAUGAACCAUUAGUGAAACUGUUUAUCUUAAUGGGGAAUUUCUUUUGGCAAUUAUUAGUUUCUAAGCUGUAAUGAUCAGUUGUUGAAAGUUAACCAAAUAUUCAAUUUGGGUAUGCCAGGGCUGCAGGGUACGGGUUUAGCAAUAGUUGUUUUUCUCUGAACCCUACUUCAUAUUUCAAACACUGCAGCUGAUUUCUGUCCAAUCUGUGAUCAGAGAUAUUUCAACUAUUAACAGUAACAGAGUACAUUACAAAUCAUAUUAAGUGCCAAUGCGUUUUGUUAUUUUCUUCUAAAGCUUCAUCUAUCCCUCUCAUCUCUCAAGUCUCUUAGUCGACGGAGGACAAUAAGGCAGAUUUUACGUUGGCCCUUCAACUGUGUCAAUCGAUAAGUAGUGCAUCGUAAAAUUUAUCGAUCCGAGCGCUCUAUGUUGUAAAACUCGCAGGCAUUUCUGAGAAUUUAUUUAAAAUUAUUUAGUAUUACGUUAGAUUUACUGCUCAAAGUAGUAUUUAAUGAGUAUUCGUCCUCGAUAGAGUAUGAAUCUCAAACGAAUUUGACAAUGUCUAUUUAUUUUUAUAUUGUCUUAAACCCAAUGGUCUGUGUUCUUGCCAUACUGAGUUCUGAUCGCUUAGUCCAUCACAAGUUUAGUUUAUUGUGUAAGUUUUUUGUACUUUAUACGCUUUUUGUUCUUUUUUAGUUUCAAGCCAAAUUACACAAUCUAGUUGAAGAGUAACAUCACUUGACAGAGGUUAUCCAUUAGUUGCAUCCCACCAAUGUUGUGACGAGGUUGUGUAGUUUGGUUUGUCACUUGACUUCUGUGUAUUAUAUUAUAAGUAGAGUAGAUCAGUCCAUCCAUGUAGAGUACAUGACGCACGAUCUCACCUAGGAAUGUAAUGUACAGUCAAGUGAUCGGUCAGUAAAAUCAUUAUCAUUUCAUGAUGCUUCUCUGUAUGUUAUGUUUAAGUGAUUGGUCCAUUUUGUGAUUUUUAUUUGUUUGUGUUAUUUUAAUUGUUUAGUACUGAUACUUAAUCGAAAAAGUUAAGCUUGAAAAGCAUUUUUUUAAUCUCGUAGAAAUUGAAAUUGACAAUUUCUCGAAACAACUCACACGAAAAUUAGUACAAAAAUUAUUGAUAGCUUAUACACUGGUUAUUCAUUUUUAUUAGUUUAUUAACUACGAAUUUAUUUAAUUUAAGGUUGUCUUUGAUUGAUAUUGAGCUGGCAUGGCGUAUCUCAUGAAUUUCACCCUGUGUGUAUGUGUAUUGAUUGGGCAUCAGUUAAUUUUUGUGAAGUUUAGUUUAUGUGCAUGCUUAAAAGAUAUUGUGCAAUAUUUAUUUGAUUAUUUUGAUUUACAGUAUAGUUGUAUGAAAACAUAAGGAAGACUAUGUGACGAUAUUCGUUAAUUACCAUAUACAAUAAUACUUUUGAAAAUGUAUUGACUACACCAUAAUUGUAUCAAACUCCCUUUCAGUACACAUGAGAAUUGUACAAUACAGUAUUAUACUACAGGCAGCUGAAAAUACAGGUAUUGUUACUAAAUAUUACUACAACUUCUCUAUUAUUAUUUUUAAGGGCUUAAAUUUUGAUAGUUUACCGUACUAAAAUGACUGAAAUAAUAUUGUCUUCAAUCACUAUUUAUAACUUUUGGAUUGGUUGAUCUUGUGUUUGUAGUAGAGGUGUGGGAGAGAUGAAAUGCUAAAUGAGCUAAGCCUAAAAGCUCGAGUGAUCUAGCACCAAUUUAGAAAAUCGAGCUUAAGCCAAGCUUUUAAUAUCGCAAAUGAAGAAGGCCUGCAAAGAUAGUGAAGAAUUGUAAAAUUUGAUUAAAAUAUAUCCAUAAACAAGCAAACCACAUCAGUUUAUUUAUUCUCCAUAAGAAUAACAUGGAAAUUUUAAAUUUUCAAUUUUUUCAAUUAUCUCCGUAACCGUUACAAAACGCUUCAAUAUACAAAAUUAUUUCUUUUUUUAAGCUCUACAAAAUGGUUUGGAGAGCAAUUAUGAAAUUUUGUGUUUUUAGGGUUUUUAGGGAAAAUCAAUUUUUACCUCAUAAACCCCCGUUUCCAUAGUCCGAAUAUGCUGGUUCGCGAACUCGUUUGAAUAAACAAAGGUUUACAUGUUUAUACCAAAUUUCAUCAAAAUCGGAUCAUUUUUGUUCGAGUUAUUACGCUAACGGACACAUAUCAUAUAAUAUAUAUGAAUUUGAACGGAUGGUGUUUUUGGCUCUGGGGACCUUAAAACAAAAAAGUAAAUCGGUCUCGGGUGUAGGUCUUACCAUGAGACCUACGGUAAUAGCUUAUUCCCUAUAGGGAAAUUCGCUAAAAGCUUGACUUAAGCUCGACUUGGCCCAAAUUUCUCGCACACCUCGAGUUUAUAGUUAUGGCUUUUGACUCAUCCACAAUAAUUUGAAGCAUAAUUUCUUAAUAAUUUAUCCUCUCAUGUUAAACUGAGUUUGGUCUUAAAAAAUAUCUAUAGGCUGGUUUUUUGUUCAUUAGAUAUUUAGUUUCAUGAUAUUGUUGAUUAUCAUCUGUUUUUUAUGUAUUUUUGUAUAACAUUACAAAGCUUUAAAUUAUUAUUAUUUUGAGUUGUGACAUAAUAUAAGUAAAAUACAACAUGUUAUGCUGUUAUCCGUAACUAUCGGUUGAUUUAAAAACUAUACACAAUUCUCUAGAAUUCUUUCAGUUUGUCUUUGUUAUGCUUAGAUAUUAAUUGCCUAACAACAUAAAUUUUGUUUGUGAAUUAGUUUGUAAAGCAUACAUAAUAUUCAGAUUUAAGUAGAAUGGCUCAGAAUGUAAUGUUAUGUUCUAUGUUUCUUUUUUGUUUGAUGGUCCUUAGUUUAUAGUAGUCGUGUAUAGUUUUCUUUUAUUGUUGUACUUCAAACUUGAUUGUUUAAGUAUAUUGGAUAAUAUUUAUCAAUUAUUUCAACCAUUCAAAUUCUUAAUCAUAUGAUGAGGAUGGUAGUCUAUUUUUGUAACUUAUUUAUUGUGUUUUAUGUGAAUAUUUGUUUCUGCUUCAAACAUAAUACAGAUCUUGAACUAUA